GAAAUAAUCCUGGCUAUUGUGAUGAUCCGGGAGUACCAUCUCAUGGGUCUAGACUAGGGGAAGAGUUCAAAAUAAAAAGCCUUCUACGUUUCUCAUGUGAAAUGGGUUAUCAGCUGAGAGGAUCUGCAGAACGAACAUGCUUCCUUAAUGGUUCCUGGUCAGGUGUACAGCCUGUGUGUGAAGCUGUAUCUUGUGGGAACCCUGGAACCCCAGCCAAUGGUAUGAUAAUAUACACUGAUGGGAUAUUAUUCUCCAGCUCAGUCAUUUAUGCCUGCUGGGAAGGUUACAAAACUUCAGGGCUAACUACUAGACAUUGUACUGCUAAUGGGACAUGGACUGGCACUGCUCCAGACUGCACAGUGAUCAGCUGUGGAGAUCCAGGUGCAUUAGCAAAUGGCAUUCAGUUUGGAACUGAUUUUACCUUUAAUAAGACAGUCAGCUAUCAGUGCAACCCAGGAUACUUGAUGGAGCCUGCCAGUUCAUCUACCAUGCGUUGUAUAGAAGAUAGCACUUGGAACCAGAGUAAACCAAUUUGCAAAGCUAUUACCUGUGGCCCCCCUCCAGCAGUACUCUACGGGAAAGUGGAAGGAUCUGAUUAUCGCUGGGGUGCCAGUGUGAGUUACAGCUGUGCAGAAGGCUAUCAGUUAUCUAACACAGCUAUUCUCUCCUGUGAGGGUCGAGGAAUUUGGCGGGGAGACAUCCCACAAUGUUUGCCUGUGUUUUGUGGUGAUCCUGGUACUCCAGCAGAAGGACGCCUCAAUGGAAAAAGUUUCACCUACAGAUCUGAAGUUAGCUUUCAGUGCAGACCCCCAUUUAUUCUGAUAGGCUCCUCAAGAAGAUUCUGUCAAGCAGAUGGUACUUGGAGUGGAAUUCAGCCAACAUGCAUUGAUCCAGCUCACAAUACAUGUACAGACCCUGGUACUCCACAUUUUGGAAUACAAAACAGUUCCAGAGGUUAUGAGGUUGGAAGUACAGUCUUUUUCAGAUGCAGAAAAGGUUAUCAUAUUCAGGGAUCUACAACUCGUUCUUGUCUUGCUAACUUAACUUGGAGUGGCAUACAGUCUGAAUGCAUUCCUCAUGCUUGCAGGCAGCCAGAGACACCAGCACAUGUAGAUGUGAAAGCAAUAGAUCUUCCUACUUUAGGGUAUACUUUGGUGUAUACCUGUCAACCAGGAUUUUUUCUUGCUGGUGGGUCAGAGCAUCGGACAUGUAAACCAGAUAUGAAAUGGACAGGAAAAUCACCCAUUUGUAAAAUUCCCUCAGAUGUGUUUUUCAUAAAUUCACUGUGGAAAGGGUUCUAUGAAUAUUUAGGAAAAAGACAGCCUGCUACUCUGACAGUUGAUUGGUUCAAUACUACAAGCAGCAAAGUGAAUGCCACAUUCAUUGAGGUAUCCAACAUACAACUCAAACUAUCAGGUAUUUACAAGAAAGAAGAAGCUCAUUUGCUCUUGAAAGUUUUUCAGAUCAAAGGACCUAGUGACAUUUUUGUAAGCAAGUUUGAAAAUGACAACUGGGCACUAGAUGGUUAUGUAUCAUCAGGGCUUGAAAGAGGUGUUUUCACCUAUCAAGGUGAUAUACAUGGAAAAGACUUUGGAAAAUUUAUGCUCCAAAGACAAGGUCCUUUAAGUGCAGACACAGACCUUUCAAAUCACUAUUACGGUACAAACAGCAGUUCUGUUGCCGCUGCCAUCCUGGUGCCAUUCUUUGCUCUAAUAUUAUCAGGGUUUGCAUUUUACCUCUACAAACACAGAACAAGACCAAAAGUACAGUACAAUGGGUAUGCUGGACAUGAAAACAGUAAUGGACAGGCUUCAUUUGAAAAUCCCAUGUAUGACACAAACUUAAAACCCACAGAGGCAAAGGCUGUGAGUGUAUCCUUCAGUGACCUGUCUCACUAUGACCAGUGUGGAAUGUGCUGGACGAAAGGUCCCAGAAAAGAAAAUAUUAAAUUAUUUGAUCUUUUUGUUAGAGAGCUCAGAUCCUGUGAAUCCUUUAUCCAGUGGUUCAUUUUGAGGAAGUCAUGUAAG